CACUCAGAUCCACCUGUCAGGUUAUUGGACAUUUGUAUGUUAUAUGAAUGUGAAAACAGAACAACUAGAAGCAAGGAUAACAUUUCUAAAGCUACUGCAAAACAUUUUCUUUCAGUACAGCGUGUUAAUGUUUAUCUAAACGGCAAGAAAUACCCUGCAUUUAGUGGGAUAUGUUUAAACAAUGUCCGCAAGCAAGAUGGAAGUAUUGACAUAGACAGUGCGUUAAGUGUUUCACAUAAUGAGCUUGGAAAUCUAAUUAUUACUUGUCCUACUAUAUGGAUUUGUAAUGGUGUACUUUUAGAGUAUUCAGUGGAGUUUCUUGCUGAUAAGUUAUUGAUUAAACUGAAUGAUGUUGAACUACGAAACUCCCUUCUUGAUGUUCCCCCUGUUUGCAAUGUUAGCCAGAAGGACAUAAAUAGAAUAACACACAUCAUUAAACACAUCCGUGUAUGUAGAGGGAAAGCUGUGGAAAAACAAAAUGAUUUCCGAGGAAAGAGUGAUAUUGGAACCUGGGAGAAUGUAUUCAGUAGUGACAAGGAGCAAAGGUUACAGUCAAAAUACUGUGAGAAAGUAGUUCAAUGGAUUCUACACUAGAUAUAUGUCAACCUUGUAAACGAUUGUUAUUGCGAAAAAGAAGUAAACAAGAAAAUGCAAAAGAAGAAACACCAGUACAUGAAAGCGUAAAACACCAAGAAGUGUCACAACCCAAAUAGAAAGUCCAGUACAAUGAAGACGACAGUGAUGUAAUAACGUUACAACAAGAAUAUCAUGAUGUCAUGACAGGACUGGUUCACAACAUGUUAGACAGUGAAACAAAUGAGAACUUUAAAACGCUACUUAAAACACAACUUACAAAUAUUAAAGAACCAAAAGCUAGACGAUGGGACAAGAAUGUUAUCAGAGUUUGCCUGGCAAUGUACUGCAGAUCUCCAAGAACAUACGAAGACCUCAAAUGCACAGGAAUGCUAGUUCUGCCAUCAACAAGGUUACUUAGGUAUUACAAAAAUUCUGUGCACCAAAAGCCAGGACUCCAUGAGGAUCAACUGUCAUGGGUAGCGCAAGAAGCAGGCAAUGCAGGUCUAAGUGAGUUUGGCCGAAGAUGUGGUAUAUUACUCGACAAAAUGACAAUUCAAGAUGAUUUACAGCUGUUACUUUGA